AUGAAUUUAUCUCCACCAUCACCACACAAUCAUUAUCGACGUCGACAUCGACCUCGACAUCAUUCAUCACAUCCACACAAAAGACAUUCUAAUGAAAAUGAUCAACAACGAACAAAUUAUAUAAUUGAUACGUUUUUAAAAAAUUUUACUAAUGAUAUACGUGAAAAUCCUAAAGGAUGGCGUAAUCGAUUUCAUAAAAUGGCUGCAAAUGAAUUUUCAUUUUAUCGUGGCUCAGCUGUUUUAUUUUAUCGUGAUAUGCUAUAUGAUUCAAAACAUGAUCGAUGGCUAAAAAAUUGUAAAGAAGCUUCACAUGUAUUUAUUCAUGGUGAUCUUCAUGGUGAAAAUUUUGGUACGUAUAUUGAUCGACAUGGUAUUAUUAAUUUUGAUGUGAACGAUUUUGA